CGGUAUUUCGUGCUUCAUCAAAACAGGUCCUUCCUUCCUGUGCAUGUCCAUGCUCUGAACAGCUGAUGCGGUGCUUCUCUUUAGCAAACAGUUGAAAAUAUUUUUCGUUAUACUCAAAGAAUAUAGCUCAACAUGACGAAAGAGGAAGUUCAAGGUGCGACAGAGGAGGAGCAGCAGGCUCAGUCAAAGAAAGCCCUGAAGAAACAGCAGAAGGAAGCAGAGAAAGCUGCAAAGAAGGCUGAGAAACAGGCCAAGCUGGCUGCUGAACAACAAAACACAGAAGAAGAUGACUUUGCCAAGGACAGAUACGGGGUUUCAGCCAUGGUUCAGUCCCAACAAAAGCUUGACAGGGUGUUGGUGCUGGUCCAAGACCUCACUCCUGCGAAAGCUGACCAGCUGAUCUGGUUGCGUGCUCGAGUCCAUACUAGUCGAGCCAAAGGGAAGCAAUGCUUCUUGGUCCUGCGUCAGCAGCAGUUCAACGUGCAAGCACUGGUCGCAGUGGGAGAUCGUGCCAGCAAGCAGAUGGUCAAGUUUGCCGCAAACAUCACCAAGGAGAGCAUCAUAGACGUGGAGGCGGUGGUGAGGAAAGUGGAGCAGAAGAUUGAGAGCUGUUCCCAGCAGGACGUGGAGCUCCACAUAGAGAGGAUUUUUGUCAUCAGCCAGGCAGAACCUCGUCUCCCCCUGCAGCUGGAGGAUGCUGUCAGACCCGAUGGAGAAGGGGAAGAGGAAGGCAGAGCCACCGUUAACCAGGACACCAAGCUGGACAACCGGGUGAUUGAUCUCAGGACCACCACCAGCCAGGCCAUCUUUCGCCUGCAGUCAGGAGUGUGCCAGCUCUUCAGAGAUACCCUCAUCAGAAAGGGCUUUGUGGAGAUCCAAACCCCUAAAAUAAUAUCAGCGGCUAGCGAAGGUGGCGCAAACGUCUUCACGGUGUCUUACUUUAAAACCAGCGCCUACCUGGCCCAGUCCCCUCAGCUUUACAAGCAGAUGUGCAUCUGUGCUGACUUUGACAAGGUCUUCUGUGUGGGUCCAGUUUUCAGAGCAGAGGACUCCAACACUCACCGUCACCUGACGGAGUUUGUCGGUCUGGAUAUUGAAAUGGCCUUCAACUAUCACUACCACGAAGUGAUAGAGUCCAUCACCAACACCAUGGUGCAGAUCUUCAAGGGCUUGAGAGACAACUUCCAGACAGAGAUCCAGACAGUGAACAAGCAGUUCCCAAGCGAGCCCUUCAAAUUCCUGGAGCCCACUCUGAGACUGGAGUACACCGAGGGGGUGGCCAUGCUGCGAGAGGCCGGGGUAGAGAUGGGUGACGAAGAUGACCUCAGUACCCCCAAUGAAAAGCUGCUGGGUCGUCUUGUCAAAGAAAAGUAUGAUACCGACUUCUAUGUGCUGGAUAAAUACCCACUGGCUGUUAGACCCUUUUACACGAUGCCUGAUCCAAACAACCCUAAAUACUCCAAUUCUUAUGACAUGUUCAUGAGAGGGGAGGAGAUCUUGUCCGGAGCUCAGAGGGUCCACGAUGCUCAGCUGCUGACUGAGAGGGCUCUCCAUCACCAGAUUGAUCUGGAGAAGAUCAAGUCUUAUAUUGACUCCUUCCGCUAUGGAGCUCCCCCACAUGCUGGUGGCGGCAUUGGCCUGGAGAGAGUCUGCAUGCUCUACCUGGGUCUCCACAAUGUGCGUCAAACCUCCAUGUUCCCACGCGACCCCAAGCGCCUGACACCUUGAACUCCCUCUGUGUGGACAAACAUGCAGAUGCCAGUGAUGGAAAAUACUAAUCCACAAUCAAGAGAGGAGUUAGUGCCACCCUCCGACUCUAACGUACCACUAGAUGUUAACCAUUAAGAAUGAAGCACUUCUAACAGUGGGGAGUACUUUAUUGAGAGGUGUGUAGUUUUCUAACAAUUGACAAGAGAUACAAUAAAAAGAGAAGAAAUAAGUUAUUCAAGAAGGCUACACACACUUAAUUCACCUUCUGAUCAGUGGGUCAGUGUUUGAGGUUUUAAACAUGAGCAGAUUGAAAUACUUUCAUCCAGAUCCAGGUCCCUCCUACUACCAGCACAGAAUGAUUGCGGUGUUCACUAAUGUGACUGUAGCUAUACAUGUUUUGUAAGUAACUGAUAUAAUUAAACACUGAUAAUAACAA